AGGUUGCUUGCUUGGAAUUACACCUGUCCAAUGAUGGAUUUCAAGGAGAAGAAUUUCCGGCUUGUUGUGGUCAUGACUUUGUCUCAGAGUCCUGAGUGUGGCCUCGUUUAGGAUGUAAAUGGUGAGGAACCUGGACUGUCAACUAAAUGUGAGGGCAUUAGCUGCAGGAAGUCGUGAUGGUGCUUUACAAAGGUCCGCGGCUGUUGGACUUUGCAAAGACCCCUCAAUACCUUCAGUUCAACAAGUAUGUCCUGACGGGUUACCGGCCAGUGUCCACGGCUCAAGAUUGCCUCAGGAGCCUAUUCUACAUGCACAAUGAGCUCGGGAACAUUUACACCCAUGGCAUCCCUUUUUUCCUUUUCUUGGUGCUGCUGCCUUUAAGUAUCCCCUGGAUGGAGGUGGACAGUGCUUGGAUCUGUGUGGUCCACUACGUGGCCUGCCUCUGCCCUACAGUGGGCUCAGUGGUCUACCAUGUGUUCAUGAACCAUGUGGGAGGAGAACAUGUGUACGACACCCUGCUCUCCCUGGACAUGUUCGGGGUUUGCCUAGUUAACACCCUGGGUGCACUUCCCAUCAUCCACAUCACCCUUCUUUGCUACCCAGCCACACGACAGACUGCCUUGCUGGUCUACAUCCUCCUGUCAGCCUACAGCAUCUACUGUGCCACCACGGCCCGUACUAACGUUCUGCGCCUGCAAGCUUUCAUCUGGCAGGCUCUGUUCCGCUUUGGCCUCUUCCUGUUCCGGGUGUUGGGCAGCGGGGUGGGCAGCCCAAACUCCCUGCGCCUCUUUGUCAUCAUGGACACUCUGGCUGUAGUGGGUGGGCUGGUCAACAUCAUCCAGAUCCCUGAGCGCUUCAUUCCCGGCCUGUUUGACAACUGGGGCAACAGCCACCAGAUAAUGCAUGUCAUGGUGAUUUGCUCAAUUAUCUACCUGCAUUGGGGCACACUGGAGGAUUUAGCCUGGAUUAGGACCUACCAGUGUCCUACUGAGGGAUGAGAAGUGUAUAAAGUACACACACUCAUGCACUCAAGGCUCAAUGAUAGAAAUGAGAUUCAGGAUUCAAUGAGGCAGUAUAAAGAGAGGCAUUUGUUUCAAAAUGCACUUUAGUAUUAGCUGCUGAAAUUCUUCACAAGGGAAGUUUGCAAUUUGACUUUUUGCCAGAGCA